UACGUAUCGAACCGAGAUUUUUGCGUAACAUUACACCCCUACGUACUAGUAUAGUUAAUGACGUGUUGGGUGUAACAGUGACUGCAAUAUGUACUUUGUCCGCAUGAGAGCAGCAGCGUCCCUCGUAUUGCCCAUCUCUCAGGUGAUUUACCUGGUUGUAUUGGAGGCAAAAGAAAUAGACCUGAGCACUUUUUUUUCACACCUGGAGUAGCAUGUUCACGAGUGUGUCAGAGUGACAAAAUUGCUUCUUGAGGAUGGUGGAUAAUGCGGCUUGCGCCCACUUGAUAGUGGCGUGCGCAAUGGUGCGCCACAGAGGGGAUGAGAGAGCGAGAGAGAGAGAGAAGUAGGGAGGGGAUCGAAGGGCAUCUGGGUAUUAUGAAGAAGGCUGGAAACUGUUGGAUGUCGGCGCUUUAGAGGAGCCAAACAUUGGCAGCUGGACUGUGGGAACGCGUCACGAAUAAUUCGGUACCUGUGGAUUUACUGGCACCAAGACUGCACCAUAUCUGCCCUUAUUGAAAGGUUGGCAGCACCAAGGGACCUUCUACACAGCUCUUGUGUGCAUGUCCUCUUAUGAGUCACCGAAUAUUCCUCAAGGAUAUUGAGAUGCUGCCUAAUUAAGGCAGAAAAACUUUUGGGAUGUCCAGAGAAGUUGAUCUCGUGAAGUUUUCAUUUUAGAAUACGGAUCAUUUACUCUCGCUGCUUCCUUUUUUUUUUUUUUUUUUUUUUUUAAAGAUUUGUUGUCACUUGAGAUUUUUAUGGGAUUAGGUCAUCAAGACACCCUGCUUUCUAGGGAAUGCAUUCAAGUCCAAAUAAAAUCAUAGCAGGACACACUGAAGGAACGACAGAGACAGAGGAAAGUGGGAAAACUAAUACGUGAAGAAGAGCAGAUGGCAUUGAUGCUUUUCGACCAACAGCCGGAUGAAUAAUACAUUUAUUUAGGGGGAGUUGAGACAUCUGGAAGAGGGCUCAGACUGUGAUGGUGUCCUCUCUCCCCUCGGUCUCGGAGACAUGCCUGUGCAGGAGAUGGCGGUGAGUCCUGUGAAGUCUCUCUACUGGGAGCAGUUCCCCCCCAUGUCACAGUGCCGAGUCUACUGCACCCCGAUCUACCACGAAGGCCUGCUUUACGUGCUGGGGGGCUGCAGUGAGACCGGUAUGCCCCUGGACAGCGUGGAGGUCCUGGAUGUGGAGAGCCAGACAUGGAGCCAGCUGCCACCUCUGCCAACGGCGAGGGCGGGGGCUGCCGCUGUGGCACUUGGGGGGCAGGUCAUGGUCCUGGGAGGCAUGAAUCAGCAGCAGACCCCGUUGGCUUCAGUCGAAGUUUAUCACCCAGAUGAAGGCAAGUGGGAGCCAAAAGCCAGUCUGGGGCAGGCGUCCAUGGGCAUCACCACUGUGCAGAAAGAUGGCAAGGUAUACGCAUUGGGAGGCAUGGGGGCGGACAUCAAACCACAGGCCCUGGUGAGGGUAUAUGAGCCAGAAAAAGACCAAUGGCAGCCGUUGACGUCCAUGCCUACGCCGCGGUACGGAGCCACACCCUUCGUAAAAGGAAACAAAAUCUACAUUAUGGGUGGUCGUCAAGGAAAGAUGCCGGUGACGGCGCUGGAGGCAUUCGACCUGGAGAUGAAGAGUUGGACUCGCUACCCAUGCAUUCCCAGCCGGAGGGCUUUUUCCUGCUGUGCAACAAAUGAACGAAGCCUUUUCAGCCUGGGGGGCCUCCAACAACCGGGUCCGCACAAUUUCUACUCCAGACCUCACUUUGUCAGCACAAUGGAGGAGUACGAUCUGGAUCAAGGUAUCUGGCUAAAACCCAGUCGAACAUCAAGGAUGCGAGAAAAGAGGGCAGACUUUGUUGCUGGUUGUCUGGGGGGAAGGGUCAUUGCAGCUGGUGGUCUCGGUAAUGAACCAUCACCGUUGGGCUCCGUUGAGAGCUACAACCCAAUAAAGCGACGUUGGGAGUACGUAGCGCCCCUUCCGACCGCACGCUGCUCGUCUUCAGCGCUGCAGAUCACCAGCAUGAUGUUCGUCAUCGGAGGGGUUGCGCAGGGACCAAGCAAUGCCGUGGAAGCGCUCUGCUUACAAGAAACAGUGUGACACGUUUGCAGAAAGCAACCUACCCACCAGAGUGAAUCCACACUGGUUUUGAUAUAUUAUUCAUUCUUGUGUGGAAAAGGCCGAAUCACAUGGUUUGGAUAUGGAAGUAAUCAGCCACACGUACUUUUCUACCUUGACUGAUGGAAUACUCUUGAUAGUACACAGAUUCAGCAAGCAUUUUUUCAAGGAAAAGGCAUUCAAGGACAUUUGCUGACAAAGCUGGACGAAUAAAUACAAGGACAGCCAAGAUUGCUGUGAAUGAUAAGGAAAGAAAACUGACAGCUUGUCUUUGUUGUAGAUAUCAGGGGAGGAUGAAAAAGGGCAAAAAAAUGACGCAUACACUCACAUCAUAUCUGAAGACUUCUCAUGCCUUUGGUCUAUUAAGCAUUUUUUUUUUUCAGAUUAAAAGCAGGGUACUUUUCUGGAUAUUAAAGGAACAUGGGCCAUAUUAGUGUCGCGCUCCCCUGCUGCUGUGUCAGCAAUUUGUCAUUUUUCUAGGAUUCUUUUUUUUUUUCUUUUCUUUUCUUAUAUCGACGUGCUCGUGCGAAACAUUUUGUUCUUGAGCUUUUUGAGUCAGUGUUCUUGGGAACUUUUAUCAUGAUCAGUGACUAACAGACAGUGGCAGUGACACAGUGCCCGGGCGGGUAAAAGUAUCAUGACACCUUUUUUUUGAGCCUUUAUGCGGUUGAGGAACAAUAUUCAGCAACUUACACCUUUGUACACAUUGCUCACGAACCAAAUCUUUAAAAAAUCCCUUGUAUGUCUAUAUUUAAAAUACCGUAUGUAGAUUAUAAAAAUAUAAUACACAACUGGAGUUAAGAUACUGUAAACUCUUUCCCUCACGACGACUUUUAUAGGUAGUUAUUUUAAUCAUGAUGUAACUCAAAUAUGAAUUUAUUUGUAUGGUGUCUUUUGAUUUUAAGUGGGUGCAAAAUUAACCAUAACUUAAAACCAACGCUCUUUCUUUGAUAAGUGCUGAGUAUCUAACUAAACAUUGGCAGCCUAAAGUCAAUCUGAGUAAUAAUUCCAGAAACCACUCCCAGUCUUACAUACGUACCUGAUAUUAAUAUGUUCGAAAUACAAAUGCACAAAAUGGCCAAUGUCAAAUGGCCAUUGUCAAACUAGAAAUACAUAUUUAUGUAAUUUUAGUUUCUAAACUGCUACAAAAGUUAGGACUAAUGAAAUCAGCAUACUCACAAAUUGUCUUUGUGGAAAAUCUCGGCCUGUUUAAUCGAUCAAAAAGCGAUUCCAGAGGCCACAACCUAUUCUGUUAUAUAAACGACAACUGAUGAAUGCAGGGAUGUAUUGCACAUUCUGCCAUCAAAUGGGAGAGAAUUUACACACCCCAAUUCCAGUUAGGUUGGGAUGUUGUGUAAACUAUCAUUUUACUGAAAACGUUUUCCUUUUCAACCUCCUGUAUAUUCAUUUGAAUACUAUACAAAGUCAAGACACUGUUCAUUGGGUUUAUAUUUGUUUCAAAUAUUCACACAUUUUGAAUUGGGAAAGAGGUAUUAGAACGAUCAGCCUUCCAUUAGACAACACUAAAUGAUUGAUAAAUGCGUACACUAAUUAUUGAAGCUUUGAUAUUAUGGACCAAAGGGGAUAAAAUAUCUGAAUUCCUUUCAAUUGUUCGGUGACAAGCAUUUUUAAAUCAUUUGACUUUUUUUUGCCCGUGCAGUUGUUCAUAAAGUUUUGAACCUCUUUCAUACUUGUCACCUGUUUCCAACAAACCUUUUCAUCUUUUUCAAACCGGAGUUUAUUUUUUUAUUUGCUCUUUUGGCGGCACAAUGGUUGAGUUGCUACCACUUCCGGAUUCUUUUCUGACUUCUGAGAUCAUGGCUUAAUUCCCUGGAGAACAGGCAAACACCACACAGAAAGGCCUGAGCCAGGUAUUUUUGUUUCCUUCCACAUCCCAAAAAAUAUGCACGGUAGGCUGAUACAACACUUCAAAUUGUUCAUAGGUAUGAGUGUGUGCGUGAAUGGUUGUUUGUCUCGUUGUGCCCUGCUAUUGGCUGGCUAACAAUUCGGAGUGUAGCCCAGCUACUGCCCAUGGUUAGGCUCCAGCACCCCCGUGACCAUCUUGGGGAUAAACUGCACAGAAUACUACUGAAUGAAUAUUGAUCUAUUUUUUAGUAUUUCACAACUUUCCCAGUCUAUUCUUUCCCAUUCUUGUUUUUGUUGAAGCAUGAAAUGUUAAAAUGAGAACACAUUCACACACACACAAAAAUAAUAAUAAUGUUCAUCUAUUUGAACAUUAAAUACCUUUAUAGUUUAUUCUCUUGAAUAUAGAUUUAAAAAGAUUUGUAAUCCGUUGAAUUACAUUUUACACAACUUCCAAAUUCUAGCUGUGUAUUUUUAAUUGAAAAAUAAUCUUCAGACAAAUGACUGUAAGUAAAAUUGGUCAAUUUUCUCAUGAUAUCUUGCCUGACAAUGCAAUUAUGCAAAAUAAAUAAAUAAAUAAAUAAAUAAAUAAAUAAAUAAACGACAAUGUGCACACAGUAUCAAUGUGAGCCCACAAACAAAUACAAACCAGACUACAUACGUAAAGCCUGAAAUGUUUUUUUUAAAACACUGUGGAAAAAAUAUUAAUGUGUUUAAAUUAUUAAUUUUGCCAUCAAAUUGAAUCCUAUAUGCACUGAAGUUGAGUCAGUCCAAGGCCACAGCAUCCUCACCUGCCAUUGGCCACUGUCAUUGUGUGUUUUUUUUUUCUUUUCAAUUCUCCAGCCAUCAGCAGCAAAGUGAUUUAUCAUCACCGGCAUUAUCCAUCACGCUCUAACACGUGUUGGUGUGUUUUUGUUUGUAGACACUAAUCAUUGCUGCUAUAUUCAGCAAGCUUCUCAGCCAGCUUUACUCACUGUUGUGUUUCCUCCAUCCACUGAUGCCACCACCUCAGUUUAAAGAAUGAUAGCGACACAGUGUAUAUAUUACCUCAGUUUGACAUCAAGCGCAUUUUGGAUUCUAUAGAUAAAUCACUUGAAGGUUCUAAAAGCUAGGCAACCUUUUGAAGCGUGAAAUUGGAAUUUGAAGAUAGGAAAAAACACUUGUUGACACAUCAUUGUUGAUGUUUCUUGCUGGCCAUACUGUUCUUAGUUUGUACACAAAAGCAUGAGUCCAGCUUUGUUUUUUGACAAUGCAAUUGGGCCGGCAGAAAUGAUCAUUUUUGGGACUUUUUCAGGAAAUAGAAAAGAAAAAAGAAAAAAUUAUAAGUGGUGCAAUGAAGCCAUCAAUUAUCCAAUUAUUUAGUUUACUUUUCUAUAUGAUAUUGUCAACAAAAACAAACAACAUGGCCCCUAAUAAAAAGUGGACAAGUGCAACAUCAACAACAACUUAAAGUCUUUGUGGUAAACUACAGUAGUUUCAGUUGAGGCAAAGCUGUCGAUUUAUCUGCCUGUAAAUUCUUGGAUUGUCUUCCAUGACAUUCACUUUUGACAUCUCCGCAAACUGGCAUUUAGGCUUCAGGCGACAGAGAAGGAAUCUCCAGAGCCAAUGACGGGUGAUCACGGCCAUGUGUUUUCGAUCAGUGACAUGUUAAGAACAUCUUACUACGUCCCAUGCGUAGCUUGUAGGCUGAUGAGUGCAAAUUUCCCUCCAGUAUGAGUAUUUAUCUUGCCAUAAUUUUUUACCUUAUCUUGUUGGCUCACACAUUCCCAAAGCAUCAGUGAUCCACAUCACCGAAAGUAAAAAUGGUGUACUUUUCGUCAUUGCCUGUCUUGUGAAGUGGAUGGUUGAGGCUUUAAAGAUAAAUUUGAAUGAAUUACAGUGGGGAGAGCAAGUAUUUGAUACACUGCUUUGCUGGUUUUCCCACUUGUAAAGCAUGUAGAGGUCUGUAAUUUGUAUCAUAGGUUUUCUUCAACUGUGAGGGACGGAAUCUAAUACAAAAAAAACAGAACAUCACGUUGUAUGAUUUUUAAAUAAUAAAUUUGCAUUUAAUUGCAUGAAAUAAGUAUUUGAUACAUCACAAAAAUCGAACUUAAUAUUUGGUACAGAAACCUUUGUUUGCUAUUACAGAUACCAAACGUUUCCUGUAGUCCUUGAUAAGGUUUGCACACACUGCUGCAGGGAUUUUGGCCCACUUCUCCAUGCAGAUCUUCUCCAGAGCCUUCAGGUUUCGGGGCUGCUGCCGGGCAACACGGACUUUCAGCUCCCUCCAUAGAUUUUCUAUCGGAUUCAGAUCUGGUGACUGGCUAGGCCACUCCAGGACCUUAAGAUGCUUCUUACGGAGCCACUCUUUAGUUGCCUUGGCUGUGUGCUUUGGGUUGUUUUCAUGCUGGAAGACCCAGCCACGACCCAUCUUCAGGGCUCUCACUGAAGAAAGAAGGUUGUCAGCCAAGAUCUGGCGAUAUAUAGCCCCAUCCAUCCUCCCCUCAAUACGGUGCAGUCAUCCAGUACCCUUGGCAGAGAAGCAGCCCCAAAAAAUGAUGUUUCCUCCUCCAUGUUUCACGGUGGGAUGGUGUUCUUGGGGUUGUACUCAUCCUUCUUUUUCCUCCAAACACGACGAGCCGAGCUUACACCAAAAAGUUCAAUUUUGGUCUCAUCCGACCACAUAACCUUCCCCCAUUGCUCCUCUGGAUCAUCCAGAUGGUCAGUGGCAAACUUCAGACGUGUCUGGACAUGCACUGGCUUGAGCAGCAGGACCUUGCGUGCGCGGUAGGCUUUUAAUUCAUGACGGCGUAAUGUGUUUCCGAUGGUUUUCUUCGAGACUGUGGUUCCAGCUCUCUUCAGGUCAUUGACCAGGUCCUGCUGUGUAGUUCUGGGCUGAUCCCUCACCUUGCUCAUGAUCAGUGAUGCCCCACGAGGUGAGAUCUUGCAUGGAGCCCCAGAACGAGAAAGAUUGACCGUCAACUUGAACUUCUUCCAUUUUCUAAUAAUCGCUCCAACAGUUGUUACCUUCUCACCAAGCUGCUUGCUUAUUUUCCUGUAGCCCAUCCCAGCCUUGUGCAGGUCUAUUAUUUUAUCCCUGAUGUCCUUACACAGCUCUUUGGUCUUGGCCAUUGUGGAGAGGUUGGAGUUUGUUUGUUUGAGCAUGUGAACAGGUGUCUUUUAUACAGGUAACAAGUUCAAACAGGUGCAGUUACUUCCGGUAAUGAGUGGAGAACAGGAGGAGAGCCGAAAUAUUUACUAGUUUGAUAAUGUAUUAAAUACUUAUUUCAUGCAGUUAAAUACAAAUGUAUUAUUUAAAAAUUAUACAAUGUGAUUUUCUGGAUUUUUGUAUUAGAUUCCGUCCCUCACAGUUGAAGAGAACUUAUGAUACAAAUUACAGACCUCUACAUGGCUUGAAAGUGGGAAAACCAGCAAAAUCGGCAGCGUAUCAAAUACUUGUUCUCCCCACUGUAACUCUCUUAAUUUGGAAGUUUGCCUCUGUGCUGUUAAGCAUGCUGUCAGCAGGCUGCUUUGUGACAUCCCUGUACUAUCAGAUUCCCUUCUGGUGACUCGACAAUGGAGUUCUGCAUCUCAAAUUAAGUAUUUGCCAUUUAUUUGCAUCCUCCACAAUUUUCCUACCAGUUAUGCCUGACAGUGGCUAGUGGGGGGGGGGACAACAAAGCUAAUAAAAUCUACAGAAAGUAGUACCAAAAAACAAGAUUAAAUAUUUAGAACAAGAAACAAAUUUGCCUUAUAUGUUUGGACCAACAAUAACCUUAAUGAUAGAUCAAUUAGUGAUUAUUUGAUGCCCCAAAGCAACCUGUCAAUUCCAGAGGUGGCUUACCCUGUAUUCCGUUACAUUUACUUGAGUAACGUUUUGAGAAAAAUGUACUCCUAAGAGUAGUUUUACUAAGCCAUACUGUCUACUUUUACUUGAGUAGAUUUGUGGAGAAAAAAAAAAAAAAAAAAAACGCUACUCUUACUGCGCUACUUUGGGCUACACAAAAGUCAUUAAAGUCAAUUUUUCCUCUUCAUUCUACAUAUCACAUUUUUUGUCAGCAAUGUCAAGAGUAGCUCUACCAAUUUCACCAAUGUAGCUCUACCAAUUUCACCAAUGAGACGUCGCAACAAUAAUCACAUGACUCCAUUAUACCAAUCAGACAAGCUUGCCGUUCUAUGAUCAUGCCAACCUGUUCAAUCACGUGGCGUCUUGAAAGCACUGUUAAAAAAAAUAAAGUAUGUGACUCGGAAGCGCGGGGUUUAACCUCUCUCCCAGUUUUUAUUUGGCACCGAUUGACCACGGAAAACCGGAGAUAUGAUCCUUUUAAUUUCAUAAUAGUAACUAUGAAGGAACUAAUCACUAUUCAGACUAAGGACUAUUUUCUCCACCAGGGGGUUCUCAUACUCUUUGGACGAAUAAUGCUUCAUUUCUGUCAUUUUUUUUUUCUCUCGCUGGAAUUCAAUGAUCUUUUUUUUUUUUUUUUUUUUGUAUUUCAUAGGCUUAAUGUGGUUCUGUAAUGGAUUAUUGUACAGUAUCAUUAUCACAACAGUUCAUAUAGAUAACUUUGUGCUGAGACACAAUCUUACUCAUUAUUUGAGUUUUUUUUUUGUUUUGUUUUUUGUGACCAAAUACUUUUUUACUUGUACUUGAGUACACUUUUUGGAAGACUACUUUUACUUUUACUAAUAUUAUUUUGAGGUAACGCUACUCUUACUUGAGUAAAAUCUUUGGCUACUCUACCCACCUCUGGUCAAUUUCAAAAUAAAGAAUUCUUUCUGAUCUCACAAUACUAAAUUCAAUUAUGGGGAGAAAAAGAAACAUGCUUUCGAUGAAUGUAAGAUAGCCGUGGCCAUUGUUGUCACAGAUUACUUGAAAAAGUAAUUUAAUUACUGAUUACCAAUUACGCCUCAAAAAGUAAUCUAGUUACUUUACUGAUUACUUCAUUAUCAAAGUAACUAAGUUACUUUAAAAGUAACCUAUCAGUUACUUUUUACCCAUUUUCCUCCCUUUGCCGCCUCAACAUAAGAAUGACAACAGAAAAAUGUCAUCACAUAACUGACUUUCCGAUGAUUGAAUUUUAAAGCGGAAUAUUAGAAUUUCGUGCUAGCUUAGCCACUUUGGAGCCCUGAAACUCACAAAUAUCUGACAAACUGCUUGGAAUUUGUUGAAAGCAACUCCACCGACCAAUUAAACCCCGCUAACUUCUAAGAUUAAACCUAAUGUCAAAACUUCUGAAUUUCGGGUUAUGGUUAACAGCGCCAAUGUAAAACAAUGCAAACUGACUGCACAGAAUUGCAAAGGUGGUGGCGGGCGUGGAUGCGCAUGCAAAACCCGGAUGUACUCCUCUCAACACACACGCGGUCAAUUUGGCCACAAAACGUGGCGGCAACUAAGCACUUUACACUCAAUCAGACUUACAACACAUCCCACAGAUGCUAAACGAAAACAUCGCCUCACGGCAUAAAUGUGCAACACGCAUAUGAUGUAAACAAAGCUUGCCAACUUGGAGCGAUGACUGCCCGUCGUUGCUACUGAAAAGCUACGAAACGGUCGCGCAUGUAGGGGGUCCAACCUUUUGCUGAUACCCUCCAGAAUGAAGGAAAAAUACCUUCAUUCGUGGAUAUCCACACAUCAACAUUCCCUCGCAACGUCUCAACACUUUGCUCAAAUGUCCACCCGCCUGGCCCACGCCUUUCAGUCCCACAACACAUGUGACGCAAGACCAAAACAGGAAAUAGCUAAGAGUUUGUCAUGGAAACAUGUACCGGGAACCUUUUAUUUUAGCAUUUUCUAUUCAAAAUGCUCUUCGUACAUGACUACAAUAUUCUUCAUCCUACAUACAUUAUGAGGCAAUGAAAAAAUAACGCAGAGACACUAAGGAAACUAACUUUAAUCAGAUUACUGGUGUAGAAAAAUGAACGUGUUAGAUUACUCGUUACUGAAAGAAAGUAAUCAGAUUAAUAGUAACGCGUUACUAACUAAUGUGUUACUGACAACACUGGCCGUGGCACAGGAUGAAAAACACAUACAUGCCCGCGCACACAUUUUCCGGGGAUGUAGUGCAUAGAUUUCUUGUCAGCUUCCAGCAGAUCGCUUUGCUUUCAAGGCUGGUGCCAAUAGACAGUUUGUUAUUUUGGGUAUUCAAAAUGUGAUUGUGAUAGAUCACACAGCACAAUGAGCAAACACAAAUACUGGAUGUUCAUGAUGGUGCAAAUGCAUUUUCCACUCAGUUGUGAAGACAGUUCUAUUUAGGAAAAAAAGGGGAAAAAAAAAAAAAGGCAAGAAUAUAGGCUUGCGAGCUGUACAGUGGUAUUGUUGUUUUUGCCCAACUUUGAUAUUAAUAGAACUGUCGUGUCUAGCUGCCAAAGUCAAAUUGAAGAAUGAUUUUACUGAUGCAGACUUGUUCAAUACAUUUGAUUUAUACCUGCAGUAGAAUAUAAGACAACAAACAUUUUUUGCAAUUGCAGUGGACGUGGGUGGUUCUGAGACAUAUCCAUUGUGGCAUUUUACAAACACACUGGUGCUCGUUCGUGCACAUUAGUGCAAAACCUCCGUGUUUAUUAUUAGGCAAGCCAUCUGGUAGUUGUACUGUGUCAUCUUGUAAUUUCAUCUUGUUUUUCUUUGAACCCCCCCGCCCAACUCCUCUAAAAACUGUAAGGUUUUACAAGGUUGCCCUAUUUCCUCUCAUUAAGCCACAUUGGCUCAUUGAUCUGUUGUGCUAUAUGUGCCAGGUUAGUUUCUCAUCAGAUUAGAAUUUCACUCGUAGCAUCUCUCAUUGCCUAAUGAGAAAGAAGAGCAGGAUGAUUCAAAGCAGGUACAGUAGAUGCCAUGCUGUACCGUUUGAAAAAUUAAUUAUUCAUAAACCUGCAUGAUUGCGAAUAUACAUUAUUUCUUGUCAAAAGCUAAAAUAUUUUUGCCAACCUGCGUCCUAUGGUGGUAUGUACUUGAGCUACAUUUUUGGUUAGUUCUUCUAGUUGUAUUAAUAAGGAGGGGGAAAAUCAACAAAAGGCUGAGCUUAGUGGUGGCAAGAAAGCAUCCACAGUAUAUUACAUUUUGGCGCAGAAUUAUUCUAUUGAUCACUUUGUCAACUCCCAUUUUAUUCUGCUGAUCCAACAUUAAUUUACAGUAAACGCCCACCCCACACCCUAAAAAACAUGUUUUCAUGAUAUAUACUGUAGUUAGUUCUGUACUAUCUAGUUAUUCGUAUUAAAUAGUUUUCAAAUCACAGUCUUUUCUCCCUUUUCUUUUGUAUUACUGCAACCUACUGGCUUAAAUAAUAAUACUAAUAAUACAUUUAAUUUGAAAGCGCCUUUCUGGCACUCAAGGUCGCCGUACAAUCAUUUAAAAAAAACAAUUAGACAAAGUGGUACUAAUGAUUUAUGUACCUAUUUAGGCAUCACAACAUACAUUAGCAAUAUGGGAUCUUUGUUUUGUAGUUGUAUUUAUUUAAUAUUAGUAAUAUUAUUAUGACUGACAUAACUUUUGUGUACUUAUUUAUUAACAUUUUAGAGCAAAACAAUUCUGUAAAAUUAAAACCACAGUGUUAUCAAUUCUGCCAAACUUGAAUGGUUUAAAAAAAAAAAAAAAAAAGCUUGCCGUUUAUACAAAAGGAGGUUUCAAAAUGGUGGAAAAUUAAGAGGUUUAUUUCAAGAUGCGAAAUAUCGAUCAGCCAAAUUUUUGUUUCUCAUUUUGAGUGCAAAUUUGGGAGGCAAGGACUGUAUAGUAGCAAGUACCUCAACACAUUUCACAACAUCAGUUGUUAGCAGAUUGUCAACACUUCUUCAAAAAGAAGUUUUAAGCUGUCUAUUACUGAUUAGCUGAAGGUUGCUUUCAAACGAAACUUAAUACUAACAUACAAUAGGAAAUACCAUAGAUAAACGGGGCUUGAUGCUAUUUGUAUCUGCUGUUACCCUUUAAACAAUAUCUGAACAAAAAUGAUUGAGCAACACAUGUGCAACACGUACAGCAAUGCUCAUAGACAUGUUUUGUUUAUCCUCUGCAAAGAACAACUGCAGAAACAGAGAGGACCUCUCAGUAGAGCCUAUCCAUACUGUAUAUGUUUUAUACUACCCCUGAGGUGGCAAGCACACCAGGAUGACCAGCACAAUGAAGCAGAAAGUGUAAAAAGCUCUUUAACAAAAAUCAUAUUUGGUGGCUUACUGUGGACCUAGAUCAUCAAAUAAGCUCACAGUUUCACAUGCACGAAUUGAUGUAACUGAUGUAAUCAGCACUAGGCACCUCAAUUUCUAAAAUCCAUUAAUUUUACACUGACGAUUUGCGUUUUUUUCUAAUGUGUCCAUAUUGCUGAUUGAACAAUGUUUAAAAACCCUCAAUUUGAUGUCUUCUGUUUGCUGUGCUUAUGUAAAUUGAUAAAUGAAGCUGGAAUUUUAGUUUUAGUCUACUCUACAAUAUGUAAUCCUUUCCAACCGUUUUUUACAGCUGCAGCCAAGACUUUGAAAUUUAGGUUGUCAAACGGGAUGUCAAGCUAACCACUAUAGCACUAUGCUGCCACUAUAUAAUAGGCAAAAUAGUGGUUUGCAAUACCUAUCAAUGAAAAUAGGAGAUACAUUACAGCAAAAGGUUGCUCAGCAUAUGCUUAUCAGUAAACAAUAACAUUACAUUUAAACAUUCGACAUGCCGAGACGCAGUCUUGGGCUUCUUUUCACGUGCCAUGGUUGUCCAUCAUUUAACUCACAAUCAGGACCAGUGUUGUUUUUGGCAGCUCUUUUUCAGCAUCUAAUUGUUAUUGAAGAAAACUCAAACAAAUUUCAUCUAGUUUUAGUCGACGUUUACUCAAAAUGUUUUCGUCUGUAAAAUUUUAGUCCAAAAUAAAUAAAUGUUUCCAACAAUUUCGAAUGAACAUUGUUAGACUAGUUGUUCGAGAGUUUAACAGGCUCGCCGUUAGCAUUAGCCUAGUGCUAAUGCUAAAGCAACAUUGCAUAUUCUGUCUUGCCAAGAUAAGAAAACAAAUCUUACCUUGUGUGUUUCAAAACAAGCAAGCCUGGAGAGGACACUGGUCGGUUG